GUGGCUGAAUGGCCUCAUGGUGGUAGUGGCGGCGUCCAGUCUCUGCUCUGCGGUGCACCAGCGUGCCUCACACCGCCGCGCCCCAGUGCCUGCACCGCCCCAGGCUGGAGAAGCCGCUAUCUCCUGUCCCACUCCUAUUGCGUCCUCAAAGUGUCGGUUCUCACAAACACUUCUUUAGGUGACUAGAAUACCUAUAAGAGCCUCCUUAAUGUGCUGCGUUAGAAAAUACUGAAUGAUGUGCGUUGUGUUGCCUCACGUCAACACACACCGAGGCUUUGCUCUUGCUGAUUUUGUGCCGUGCAGUAUUUCCCCUACACUCGAGAAGUGGCUGGAGUCCGUGUGGUGGUGCGGCGGCAUGGAAGCUGUGCGUGAGUGUGAGCGGCGCGUGGUGACCCCUGAUGAUGCAGAUGACCUGAGCCCGAUGCCGACGCACAUAGCCACCAACACUACCAGGCGGGGCGCCAUCUCCGCCGAGCCACUGUCGGAAGAUGACGCCACAUCUUAUGUCAAAAAAGUGGUGCCCAAAGACUACAAAACUAUGGCUGCCCUUCAGAAGGCUAUAGGGAAGAAUGUCCUCUUUGCCCACCUGGACGAAAAUGAGCGGUCUGACAUCUUUGACGCCAUGUUCCCUGUCAACGCCCUGCCGGGGGAGGUGAUCAUCCAGCAGAACGACGAGGGUGACAACUUCUACAUCCUGGAUCAGGGGGAAGUGGAGAUUUUUGUUGAUGGUGAGCAUGUUACAAGCAUUGCUGAUGGAGGAAGUUUUGGAGAGUUGGCUCUCAUCUAUGGGACUCCCAGGCAAGCAACUGUGAAGGCAAAAACUGAUACAAAGUUGUGGGGCAUCGACAGAGACUCAUACAGGCGGAUCCUUAUGGGGUCAACUAUCAGAAAACGCAAAAUGUAUGAAGAAUUCCUCUCUAAAGUCUCCAUUCUUGAGUCACUGGACAAAUGGGAGCGCCUGGUGGUGGCUGAUGCCCUGGAGCCUGUGUCCUUUGAGUCUGGCUCCACCGUGGUGCGGCAGGGAGAGCCAGGUGAUGACUUCUACAUCAUUGUGGAAGGAACCGCUGUGGUAAUGCAGGCCCGCUCCCCGUCUGAGGAACCUGUAGAGGUUGGCAGGCUGGGAACCUCUGAUUACUUUGGUGAAAUUGCUCUAUUGCUUGACCGACCCCGAGCUGCCACAGUCAUAGCAGAUGGUCCUUUGAAAUGCGUCAAGCUGGACAGGGCCAGAUUUGAACGUGUUCUGGGCAGCUGUGGAGAAAUUCUGAAGAGGAACAUAGAGCAGUACAACUCCUUCAUAGCUCUUACUGUGUAGAUCUUAACAUCCACUACGUACAGAACCUAUGUAUGCAAUCAUGUAGGCUUGUUUGUGCAUAACUCUUUAGGCUCAUGUAUGCAACAACAUAUGCCCCUGUUUAGGUGCUGAAGUAUGCUACCUUGUAGAGCCUGAGAAACAAUACAGGAACUUUGUUUUGGAGUGUGUACACUUAGGGUUGAUGGGUAGUCUUGAGUGCACAGAUUUUAUAUAACCUUUCACUGGUGAAAUGUACUGAUUCCCUUUGGUAGUUUUUGAUACCAUUGGUAAUAAGUACUGUAGCAUGUACCACAGAUACUAAGAACAAUUUUCUGCCACUGGUCGCAAAAGUAGCACCUUUUACAUCCUCAGAUAACGGAAGAAUAUUAUAUUUUGAAUGAUGUAUUACUAUUACUUACAGUAAUGUGUGUUUACAUUUCAGUGGAUACAGCAUUGUUACCUCUAGUAUUGGCACAUGAAACCAGUUGUGAGCUUAAACAACCAUAUAUUGUAUGAAAGAGCACAUAUUUUACUGUUACUUUGUUUCUGCAAGUUUCUUAUGCCAUUUUGGUGGGGAAAGUUUACAAAUCCAUAAAUUCUUAAAUCACUGUAAAUGCAAGUAUUGUAACUUCUUAGCAGGAUCUUUGUGAUGGUGGCGACCAAGGUAGAUGGAGUCUCCAGCUGAGCCUCGAGCAGCCGUCUGUCCCUGGCCAAGGGGGGUGUUGCAUGCUGGCAGACACACACAGCUGCCUGCAGCAAGUAUGCAAAGAAUUUAUCUCUUGCUACUACGGUGAAAUUAUCAGUUACUUUUGGUGACUGGUGUUGUAUCACUAAUGCUUUGUAUUACUCUUGUUCUAUUGGUCAUGGUUUUAGGGGCCAUUUUGAUAGCAAAAAAAAAUUAUGGUAUAUAAAGAUGCAAAUAUUUCAAUAUGAAUCUAUAUAUGUAAAUCAUAGAGUAAGGACUUGCUUUAUUUACGUUUCCAGCAUAUUUACUUAAACUUUAUGAAGAUGCUUUAAUUAGAUUUUCUGACCAGCAUUAUGGCAGACUAAAUAUCUGAUUAGUUUGUUAAUUAUUAUAAUUAUUUUUAUUAAAAUGAUUUUUCAUUAUUAAAUCAGCAUCUCC